CAGGCCACUAGGCAGCACAAGAAACUACAAAAUUGUCCCUUCCAAAGCCUUAUUUUCUAAUUUGUGAUUGUAAGCAAGGGAACACUUGCAAAUGUGCAGGGUGCUAAUGCUUGCAUUAGCCCUGGUAGUAGUAAUAGUAGCUAUUGCACCUCAUCAAACCCUUUCUGCACCACUAAACAGAACACUGCCUGGAUGCAAAUCCACUUGUGGAAAUGUCGAAAUUCCAUAUCCAUUUGGUAUAGGCAACUCAUCUACACCCGAUCAACGACCCUGUUUCUUGAAGCCCGUAUUUAAUCUUGCUUGCAAUAACUCCACGUUAAAAUGGGGUACGGUCACAGUUUUAAACAUAAGCGUCCCAGCUCAUCAAGUGGACGUAUUGCAAUUGGUUUCAUGGUUUUGUAAUAGCGAAGAUUACUGGGAGACUUGGUUGACAACUGGUAUAUCCAGAAUUUCAAGGAAGGAAAACAAGUUCAUAACUGUAGGUUGCGACAGUUACGGCAAUCUCAAUAGCGUUUAUAAUGACAAAACAUAUACAACAGGGUGCUUAACAAGAUGUUAUGGCAAUGCUUUGGUGAUUGAUGAUGGAACAUGCUCAGGUAUAGGGUGUUGCCAGGUUGAUAUUCCUCCUCGAAUGACUAAUAUCACUAUAAAAGCAUUUGCCUUCACAACCUCAAGGAGAAAUAUCAGCAUAAAUAAUGCCUCUGUCAUCUCCAAUUCAACCUGCAGUUAUUCCUUUGUUGUCAAAAAUGGCUUUUAUAAUUUUUCUACCACUCAUUUAAAAAGUUUCCCAAACAAGACGCUACCGUUGGUUCUUGAUUGGACCGUGGGAAACAAAAGCUGUGACGAUUCCAAAAGUAGAGGCGACUACGCGUGCAAGGAGAAUAGCUAUUGCGACGACAAGGACAGUGAUUAUGGUUACCGAUGCAUGUGUCGGGAUGGUUAUGAAGGAAAUCCAUAUCUUGGCUGCAUAGACAUUGACGAAUGUAAGACAGGCCAUCAUACAUGCGUAAGUGAAAAAUAUUGUCUCAACACCAAUGGAUCGCACAAAUGUUUCUGUCCAAAGGGGCAAUCCGGAAAUGGAACAAAGGAAGAAGGGUGCCACAAAAAAGAUGUAGUUACCAAGGUUGUCAUAGGAGUCGCAGCAGGAACUAUUAUUUUAGUUGUGGGGACUACCUUACUGUACUUGAUAUACCAGAAAAGAAGACUCAACAAACUCAGAGAGAAAUACUUUCAGCAGAAUGGUGGUUCCAUUUUGCUACAGAAUCUCUCUACAAGAGAAAACUCCUCCCAAAUUCAAAUUUUCACAGAAGAACAACUAAAGAAGGCCACCAACAACUUUGACGAGAGCUUAAUCAUUGGUAAAGGAGGUUUUGGUACAGUUUACAAAGGUCAUCUAGCAGAUAACAGAAUUGUUGCUAUCAAGAAGUCCAAAAUAGUUGAUAAGAGCCAAAAUGAACAAUUUGCUAACGAGGUGAUUGUUCUAUCCCAAAUCAAUCAUAGGAAUGUUGUCAAGCUCUUGGGAUGUUGUUUAGAGACAGAAGUUCCAUUACUGGUUUAUGAAUUUGUUAAUCAUGGCACCCUAUUUGAUUUUAUACACACCGAAAGAAACAUAAAUGAUGCAACUUGGAAAACCCGUGUAAGAAUAGCAGCAGAGGCAGCUGGAGCUCUAUCAUAUCUGCAUUCAGAAGCCUCAAUACCCAUUAUCCACAGAGAUGUGAAGACUGCUAACAUCCUCUUGGAUAACACUUACACUGCCAAAGUGUCUGAUUUUGGAGCUUCAAGAUUCGUCCCUCUUGAUCAAACUGAAAUAGCAACAAUGGUGCAAGGAACUUUUGGUUACCUGGAUCCAGAGUACAUGCGUACAAGCCAACUAACUGAGAAAAGUGAUGUCUAUAGCUUUGGGGUAGUGCUUGUAGAGCUGCUAACAGUGGAGAAACCAUAUUCAUUUGGCAAGCCAGAAGAGAAAAGAAGUCUCACUAACCACUUUUUAUCUUGCUUGAAAGAGGGUCGCCUAUCUGAUGUUGUUCAAGUUGGCAUUAUGAAUGAAGAAAAUAAAAAGGAGAUCAUGGAGUUUUCUAUUCUUGCUGCAAAGUGCUUGAGACUCAAUGGGGAGGAACGACCUAGCAUGAAGGAAGUGGCAAUGGAGUUGGAAGGGAUGCGGCUAACUGAGAAGCAUCCUUGGAUCAAUACAUUUCAAAAUCCAGAGGAGGCUCACUUGCUUCAAAAGGGAUCAUCUAGCGUCUGUGAACCUGGUGAUAGCAGCAGCCAUCAAUAUACUAUUGGGUAUGACAGCAUUAAUGAUCAUGUACAAAUUGCUUUUGAUGAUGGAAGAUGAUCAUGGCUUGGCAGCAUACCCUCCAUUUUAUAUCAAAUUUCUGUGUUACCUUUCGUAAUCUUUUUGAAUAAUCCAGUUAGUUGUUUUCAGGAGUGUGUAUUUGUGUGUUUGUAUGUAUUGAAAUAUGUUAAUGCAGAGAGGUUACAGCCUCAAUAUACUCUGAAUUUGUGUACUUUGAUAGAGAUUGAAACUUAAAUCACCAUGAAUUGAGUAUGGUCAA